AUGUGCCUUGCGCCCAUCAAAGUUACAACGGUACCAAGACUAGAACUUACCGCAGCGACUAUUUCCGUUCGUAUUGGACAACUGUUGAUGAGAGAGCUUGAUGUGGAAAAAACUCUCAUGACUUACCAUACUGAUUCCACUACAGUCCUUCGUUACAUCAUCAACGAACAAAAGAGGUUCAAGGUCUUUGUUGCUAACCGAAUUCAAGAAAUCAGAACUCAUACCGAUUCAAGACAAUGGAAAUACGUUCCUUCAUCUGAGAAUCCAGCCGACGAUGCCUCUAGAGGACUCGACACCUCAACCCUAAUCAACGGACAACGUUGGUUAAAUGGUCCAGACUUUUUAUGGAAAGAUGAAGAGGAAUGGCCAAGCCAGCCACCCAUCGCUUGUGAAACCAUACCCGAAGAUGAUAUUGAGGUAAAGCACACUACCGUCAGUCACGCAACAAGGAUAGACGAUUCAGUCAACAGCAUAUGCAAGUUGUUCUCAUACUUCUCAAGCUGGUACAAGUUAAAAAGGGUAGUGUUCGUGUUUCUGCGAUUGAAGACCCUGCUAAGGAGGAGAUGUGCGAAGAAUACGGAGUGUAACAAGGAAGAAGAGAUCAAGCAGGUCCCGAAACCUACCGUUGCUGACCUAGAGGAUGCUGAAAGAGCUAUCUUAAAGUUUGUACAACUCCAGUAUUUUGGCAAGGAAAUGGAUGCACYUUCUCACGAGGUUAACAGCGACAGAGAGGUUGACACACGGAGCCGGGUAAAAGAAGGAAAGUCAAGCAUACCAAAGUCAAGCAAUAUCAGACGACUCGAUCCAUUCAUCAGCCAAGGUUUGUUACGUGUGGGUGGACGCCUUCAUCGCGCCGACAUUCCCGACGAAGUGAAGCACCCCAUUAUCCUGCCAAGGAAAAGCCAUAUAAUAACCCUCAUUAUCCGUCAGGUACAUGAACGAUUGGGACAUGCUGGAAGAGCACACGUACUAUCCGAGUUAAGACAAAAGUACUGGAUCAUAGGUGGCAAUUCCGCCACGCGACAGUUGAUAUUCAAGUGUGUAACGUGUCGUCGUAUCCAAGCACCAGUGAAUGAACAGAAGAUGGCAGACCUUCCAAGUGCACGUGUUAAUCCCGCACCACCGUUCACAUAUGUUGACUCAUGCAUCCAAGCUCUAAGACGCUUCAUAGCCCGCAGAGGACCUGCAAGAGAGAUCUAUUCCGAUAAUGGAACUAACUUCGUUGGUGCAGAUAAAGAGUUGCGUCAAGCCAUCCAAGAAAUCGACAACAAACAGAUCCAAGAAAAGCUGCUCCAACAAGGUACCGAUUGGAAGUUCAACCCACCUCAUGCAAGCCACAUGGGCGGAAGCUGGGAAAGACAGAUCAGAUCAAUAAGAAAGAUUCUUUCUGGUCUACUCAAAGAACAUGGUGAUCGCAUGAACGAUGAAUGUCUUCACACCCUGUUAUGCGAAGUUGAAGCUAUCAUUAAAUCAAGACCUUUAACCUUGCUAUCAAGUGAGCCAGAUGACAUGAACCCUUUGACACCAAAUCAGCUCUUAACGAUGAAAACAAACAUAGUAGGAUAUCCACCUGGAGAAUUCCAGCACAACGACAUCUACCUUCGACGUCGCUGGCGCAGAAUCCAAUACUUGGCAAACUUAUUCURGUGCAGAUGGAAGAAAGAAUAUCUCACCACGCUACAAGAACGACCAAAGUGGACUCAGAAGAGACGAAACCUACAAGUUGGAGAUAUAGUCCUUCUGAAAGAAGACAACGUUACAAGAAACAACUGGCCAAUGGGCAUCGUGCAAGAUAUAGAGAUCGAUUCAAAAGGGUACGUCAGGACCGCAAGAGUAAGAACUCAAGAUUCAACAUUGCGAAGACCGAUUAACAAGUUGGUUCUUCUACUACCAUCAGAAGAAAAAGAGAUAUAA